AUGACAACCCACAGACAAGGGAAUCUCUCAGCAGUUUCCUGGCAAGAAUUUGUGCUGGUGGGAUUCAGGGGAGAAGUGUCAACCCAGGCCCUGCUCUUUGCUCUGUUCCUGGUCCUGUACACUCUGACCAUGGUGGGCAACCUCACCAUGAUCAUAGUCAUCACCCUGGAUGCCCAGCUGCACUCCCCCAUGUACUUCUUCCUCAAGAACCUGUCCUUCCUGGACCUCUGCUACUCAUCUGUUAUUGCUCCCAAUGCACUAACCAACUUCUUCUCCUCCAAGGUCAUCACAUUUGUAGGAUGUGCCACUCAGCUCUGCUUUUUCUCCCUAUCUGCUACAACUGAAGCCUUCUUGCUGGCUGUGAUGGCCUAUGACCGCUUUAUGGCCAUCUGCAGUCCCCUGCAUUACCACAUGACUAUGUCCUCUACAAUGUGUGCCCGCCUGGUGUUGGGCUCCUACCUUGGAGGCUGCCUCAACUCCAUCGUGCAGACCAGUCUCACAUUCCAGCUCCCCUUCUGCCGCUCCCACCACAUUGACCACUUCUUCUGUGAUGUGCCCCCUCUGCUGCAGCUGGCUUGUGCUGACACAGCUCUCAAUGAGCUUCUUUUGUUUGGCAUCUGUGGCUUCAUCAUUGUGAGCACUGUAUUAGUGGUUCUAGUGUCGUAUGGUUACAUUACACUGACCAUCCUCAGGAUGCGCUCAGGACUGGGGAGAGUGAAGGUCUUCUCCACUUGUGGCUCCCACAUGACAGCUGUGUCCCUGUUUUAUGGGACAGUGUUUGUCAUGUAUGCGCAACCAGGGGCUGUGGAGUCCAUGGAGCAAGGCAAGGUGGUCUCCAUCUUCUACACCCAGGUCAUCCCGAUGCUCAACCCCCUCAUCUACAGUCUGCGGAACAAGGACGUGAAGGAUGCUCUAUGGAGAAUGAGGCAGAGACGGGCACCCCUGUGA